GUGUGGAAAGUUUACCGGCUCGGGUGCAAAGUUUCAGCCGUCUGCAAACCGAAGCUCGUUGGCAAACGUAUCUGGAAUAUCGUUGUGUCGACCAGUCUAUCUCUACGAUAGCUAGAAUAAUCGGCCCGAUACAUUAUACCCGCGGUUGUCUUCAGAUCUAGCCGAGUGAUGCUGCCGUCGCUGGAAUACGGUGGUGUGUAAAGACGCUGUUAGCAUCGAUCGUAUUGUCUUCGGAAGCCAGCUAGCUUAAGGUAAACCUUUAGCCCGGAGCUGUGUUAAAACGAAGAGCUAGCUAACGUUAGCCGAUGUCCCGGUGAGCUCGUUAGAAAACACAAGUAAAGCGUUAUUCAAACUAGACUCGACGAAGGACUGACAAGGAAGAAAAAUGACUUGUGAGCCUAAUCGCGUGAGGCUGCUAUGCAUGCUCUCGUUGACUUUUGGUUUUUUCAUCGUGGAAGUGGUGGUCAGUCGGAUGACUUCGUCCCUGUCAAUGCUGUCGGACUCCUUUCACAUGUUGUCGGAUGUCAUUGCGCUGGUCGUGGCUUUGGUCGCGGUGCGAUUUGCCGAGAAAACCCACGCGACCGACAAAAACACCUUCGGGUGGAUCCGGGCGGAAGUGAUGGGGGCUCUUGUCAACGCCGUCUUCCUCACGGCGCUGUGCUUCACCAUCGUCCUGGAGGCUGUGGAGCGCUUCACCGAGCCCCACGAGAUCGAGAGUCCGCUGGUGGUCGCCGGAGUCGGCGCCGCGGGGCUCCUGAUCAACCUGCUCGGGCUCUGCCUGUUCCGCGGCCACGCCGGCGGAGGACACGGACAUUCCCACGGAGGACACUCUCACGGAAACAAGCACAAGAGGGGCAAAGCUGGGAAGUCCCAGCAGGCUGGCAAUGGGUCCUCGGGAGAGGAGACCAACAUCUUGGUGGCGAGUCACAACAGCCCGGGGGAAGCGAGGCCGAGAAACGAAAUCAGCUCUAAAGACAACGCAGAUGUGCAGAUGAACGGCAGCCCCCACUUUGAGGAGAUGGAGCAUGACGCUGCGUCGCAGCUCAACAUGCGCGGCGUUUUCCUGCACGUGUUGGGCGACGCCCUGGGCUCUGUCAUUGUGGUGGUCAAUUCUUUAAUCUUUACCUUUGUGUGGCAGCCCUGCGUAGAAGGGGAGAUGUGCUUGAACCCGUGCAUCAACAGCCACACCACGGACCACCACCAUGUCAACCACACGCUGGUCGACCUGCUGGAAGGUCCCACCAUGCCUGCCAUGAAGUCCGCCGGCCCCUGCUGGGUUCUCUACCUGGACCCCACCCUCUGCAUCAUCAUGGUGUGCAUCCUGCUGUAUACCACCUACCCGCUGCUCAAAGAGUCCGCCCUCAUCCUCCUGCAGACCGUGCCCAAGCAGAUCAACAUGAACCGACUCAACGAGCGCCUGCUGGGGCUGGAAGGUGUCCUGGCCAUCCACGAGCUGCACAUCUGGCAGCUGGCCGGCAGUCGCAUCAUCGCGACGGCACACAUCAAGUGCCACGACCCCACAUCGUACAUGGAGGUGGCCAAGCGCAUCAAGGACUUCUUCCACGACGAGGGCAUCCACGCCACCACCAUCCAGCCCGAGUUCGUCACGUUCAACUCCGAGUCCCGGGACUCCCUCUGCGAGCUCUCCUGUCGGACUCAGUGUGCCCCCAAGCUGUGCUGCGGCUCCGCGGACAAACAGAACCCGGGCUCUGAGAAGAAGGCCAGCAGUGACUGCAAAGCCGCUGCCGCGUCGGCCCUGGAGGUGAUCGUGGAGACCCCGGAGCAGGCUGCAGGGAUCGAGGUGUGCCCUCGGUCAGAGGCCGCGGUCGCCGUCGCCCGGGAGGUGGAGUCGUCUCUGUGAGAUGGAGGGGAUGGAGGGAGACGGAGGAGAAGCUGGAGAAACCACCACACUGGACUGAAAUAAUUGUCAUGGACGCUGUUAUCUAUCCGACCUGCAGGCUCUGUCGUGGCCCGAACAAGAACUCCUUUUCCAUAGCAUGUGGUUUCUGUCAUCGCCCCUUUUUUUUAUGGCAAAACAAAUAAUAACCCUUCAGUGUCCUCGUACUUGAGUCAUUCCUGCCAUCUUUCCUCUCUUUGUAUACCCAUUUUCAUUCCCUCUCUCCCAGGCUCUCCUCCGUCUCUUUGGCCCCUCUCUUGUUGCCGUGGCGACGUUGCAUGUCGGGGGUUCGCGUGCUGCAUUUCCUCCGGGAGCGCAGCGAGGCCCGCUACGUGUUCCCCUGUGAUAGCCGUCAUCUCAUCCCGUGGGGUUUCUGUGCCAAAGCUUCUCACUGCAAGACUGAAGGGAACCGAGAGACCUUCUCUCCUCUUAAAGGACACACAACACAUGCACAUCACUCGGUUCAGUUGUUUAGCCUUUGGGCCUGUUGGCAAAGAGAAUACCUCUUUUGUUUUUAGCGUUGGCUUUGAGCAGAUCUAUUUUCGGACCCUGUGGCCCCAAAUGGAAGAGUAUUGUUUAAUAAUUUAAGUUUUUUUUAAGUUAUUAGAAAGGAUUUAUUUCUCUCUGUAAAUGCUGUUUGGAAUGUUUAGUUUGAUUGAUAGCUAAAUUUCUUGCAAUUUUUCUGUCUCAUUUUUUUAUUUUUUUUGACAGACCAUCUAUGCUGUAGUUUUCUUUUUUCGAAUAUGACGUUUUUAUAGUGAUUUUGUUUCUCAAGACUCUUCUCUGGCCUUGGCUAGGUUUAACUUGCAGUCAUUCGUUGGAUACAAAAGGCGUAUCAACACCUCUCACCUUGCCUUUUUAAAAUACAGAAAGACGUGCUGUCGGUAAGGCGGCGAUUGGUGGCCGUAGUGUGACUGACACUCACAGGUCCGAUGGCUUCGGUGUGUUGUGACAAAAGGAGAACCAGAUGCUAUUAAUGAAAACACUCUUCUUUGUAUGAAUCUCUACUGGGAAGCUCUCUGGUGAUCGCCGAUGAUUUUCGUUACUAACCCCCACGAAUGUGUUCGGCACCAUGUCACAAUCCACCUUGAGGGAGGAUCUUUUUUUUCUCUUUUUUUUAUGAAAUAUAUUUCUGUGACGUUCUUCUACAUUUGCAUGACCAAACCGAGACCCGGUGUUCGACUUUCAGGAGCUCCACAAAGCUGCUCACCAGUGCCUGCUGGUAUACUCCAACAUUACUCGUACCUGUGGGGGGGGGGGAUGUCUCGGUGUUUUUUUGUGUCCUGCUUUGGACACUUGAGCUUUUGCUUAAGUCCAAAUUGUGGCCUUUGCAAAUCGGUGAAUUUUCCCUCAUCGCCACUGAUAUCAUUUAAAGGUGGUCCAUUGAUGUGGUUCAGAUUCCCACUCCUGAGUAAAUGUGUAUGCAAUAUAGAAAUGUAUUAUGACGCAUUCUUUCAUGUUUGGUUACUUUUAUUCUGUUUUUAAGACUUGCUCUCUGUGCAAAUUGGGGGAAAAAGUGUUUUUUGUUUAUUUUAGAUAUGACAUGUCAACUGAUGUGUUUUUGGUAUACUAUAUAUCUACAGUACCUGUCCAAUGUGUCAUUGUGAAAUAAAAAAAGAAAUGUCUGUUUGGUACAGUUGAUAAACCCAAAUUUGUCAGCUGUCUUAUUUGUAAGCUUUCCAGUCAAAGAUAAUGUAGUUCUUUUUCAAAUGUCAUUUACAGAAACAAGCAAUGACUGUAAAGUAAGUGAAUGUACAUCAACUACAAUGAGAUGAAACAUGAACAUAAAGAGAUGUUGUGACUACAACGUU